UUUGAUUCCACCAUCACAACCGCCCCGGAGGAAUUUCCACGACAGCUAGCAGACGGCCUUCGGAGUUAUUAUAUGACAUUUAGUAUGUUACUGGACAUGGCCUUUUCCCCCUAAAACUUCAAAAUCUCCCUGAACGGUUAAUCACAAUGGCGUCCUCGCUCGCCGCGCAGCUAUCGCAAAUAGCUGCAACCUCGACGCACCAGCUUGAUUUGAAAGCCCAACGGGUUGCGCACUCGAAAUCUUUGCUGUUCGAACAGAGGGAUGCGGUAUCUCAGAGCUUUGAUACUAUUUACCAAAUAUGUCAUGAAGGAUUCCAGGAAUUAUGUGCGCUUGAUUCAAGAUUUGUGAGAUUCCGGCGUACGAUAUUCAGCGAACAGAGCAAGUCAGAGGAUAGGCUUGAAAUGAAUGCAGAACAAAAUCAAGAGCUGGAUACUGUGUUGGAGGAAUUUCUGGCACUUGUCGGUAGCCGUCUUCUACUUCAACCAGCCAUCAAGGCGGUGGAGUGGCUGGUUCGUCGAUUCGGAGUUCACGAGCACAAUACCGCCUUCGUCUUACUCACAUUUCUUCCGUACCAUACAACUGAUUUGUUCAAAGUACUUCUUUCGAUUUUACCCGAAAACCUCCCCCCGGCUUUCAAAGUUUUAAACCCUUAUAGACGGAGUUUGACCCUCCCACCUCGGCAUCCGAUUGUCCAUAGCGCCUCAACGAAUAAACUUUUUUUCUCUUCCCUAAAUAAUUAUGUUUUGCAGGUCAGCAAGGCUCAGGCACAUUAUCAAGGGCUUCUAUCAUUUUGGGCUGGCGUUGUAACGGAAGCUCUGGCCAACAUGCUGGACUCCGCGAGCUCUGGAAGACGAGAGGUGGAAAGAAGGAAUAAGGAGGAUGUUUUGCUUCAGAUCCUUCCGGUAUUGCAUAGCGGAUUUGGACUCACAAAAGCCCCCGAAAUUAUCAUCGGUUGUUACAUGCUCUGUGUUGUUAUCGCAAAGAAGACCUCGCUGGAGGAUACCGUGUUGGACGGACUCUUGGAGGCUGUCGCUGGAACCUGGACCCAGGAGACUCGAUUGGCAGCAAUGACAUGUUUAUCCGUCCUAGCGCAACACAAAAGUUCCCAGGAACUUCCCCGGAAUGUUGUCAAGUCUAUCAUUUGUUUCGAAAACUCCCUCGAUUUGAUUUCUGAACUCUGCGCACGAUCCUCGGUGACUGGAUUACUUCUUGGUUUGAUACAUGGAUGCACCAAGGAUAUUAGUGAGCAGAAAGAUCUGGCUCCGUUGAAAUUCGUGAACAACAUUAUACAGCGUGACAUUUUAGAGCCAGAAGCUCUAAUUCAGGCAAUGGUUAUUGUUCUUCGAGCAGCCAACGAUGUACAAAAAUCCGGCCGUAUGGUCGAAGAAAGCCGGACAAUUCUCUCGGAAAUUAUCCAGCACUUUACUGAGUCCGAGUCUUUGGCCCCUUUACUCCAAAAUGCUAUUCAGGAAUCGAGCAUUGAUAUUAACGCAUUAGAGAUGGGUCUUGAGACGGUUAUUGAAAGUAAUCAAAUUCUAAUGACCAUCGAAGAUGUCGAAAUGGAAGACGUUGCGGACACCGGUGAAAAGGAAGAUAUGUUUGCUAGGUCCCUGGAGGGAAUCCCCAAAUCUACCAAACAGGCUUCCUUUCUUGAAGGACCACAUUCGGCGAUUUAUGGUCAACUGGCGCACACAUUUGUACUUGCGAUUGGGAACAAGGAAAAGCUAUUGCAAUUUAUUGAUUUGCCCAUUUUAAACCGGGGUUCAGCUCUUCAGGAUACUCUGUAUCUCUCUUUCCUCAUGCGCUUUUGCUCUGGGCCAUACUCGCCGGCAAGCAGAGCAGCAGCUGUCCAACUUAUGGCAGACUGCCUCACUGAGAAUGCCUCUAGCUGCAUUGACAUGCAAGCAACUCUACCAUAUAUAAUCUCAGCGCUCUGUGAUCCGUCCGAGAGGGUUCGAAGAGAAGCAGCCAGCCUGCUUGCCGCUUUUGGACGCAGUUGCGCAAAAAUCAAGAAGGAGGACGAGCACAAGCCCCAGCGCUGCUGGGGCUACAAUACUCUCUACGGGAAGACCGAGCGAUCUAAAUCUCUUCGGUGGUUAUCUCCACGAGACGUAUAUAGAGUUGCCCAUCGUGCCUUAUUGCCUGCAUUAGAGGAAUACGUACUGGAGCCGGCCCAGAUAAGAAACGUGUUGGAGAGCGCAAUUCGUGGGACAUCUGCUUCUGGCGCCGACAAUACUAAGACUCUGGAUUCUGAACUAAAAAAGACAGUUCGACUAGACUUAUUUAUUUUCUUGUGUUCCCAUACGAUUAUCACCCCCCUUUAUGCAGUAAAACUUCGUUUGCUCAAAAUUCUCAACCGUCUUGGGAAAGUUGGUUCUACUUCUCGUACAGAGGAACUUUCUCCUCUUCUUGACCAAUGGAAGCUCUUAACCGAUGACGACAUAGUGAAAAUCGCCAAUACAGAACAAGUGGAUGUCCAUGAGUUGGAAGAGCAGGUCCUUGACACUGUUUCUGGAAAGCGCAAGAACGCAGUUGAUAUUCUCCUCUCAUCCGUUACGUCUCAAUCUAACACUUUAAGGCCGGCCUUUGCACACGCUGUUUUCAAGCGCCUCAACGAGAUCUGGCCAUCACUUACAGAGGACAGUGAGGUCAGUGCUGCCGAUACUUUCCUCCAAAUGGCUCUAGGGCUCUCUGCUGGAAAUGAAGGACUAUCGAAUCUGUGCAGAGACCUCCUUCGGACAGUCGAUCUCUCUGGCCCUAUCCUUAAUCACUUCCUUUACAAGAUCUCUACCGCCGUAAUUGACACGGAGCCGCAAGCACCUGCGGCGAAGCGACGGCGGACUAGUCAGAAUAAUAUGGUUGCAAUGACCACGAGAGAUCCGAAGGAGUUAAGUCAGAUUAUCGGAAAGGUCACAUUUAUCCUGGAACUUAUUGAUGGGUCAAAUCCGGAAAAUUAUCCUCAGCUCUUAGGGGGACUUUUCCAAACUCUUGCUGCCGUGCACCACUUGAAACUACAGCUUCAGGCAGAAAUGAGCUACCUACUCAGUCUUGUUCUAGGUAUCAUGCUUGCUAUUAUUAACAAAGCGAAAUUGUUGCCCAAACAUAACCUGGAUACCUCAGUCAUUCGUGCGGACAUGAUCAUCGAUUGCAUUCGCACAUCCCAGAGCCCGCAAGUUCAAAACACGGCUUUAUUGUUAGUAGCAGGGUUGGCUACAAUAUCCCCAGAAAUUAUCCUCCAUAGCGUAAUGCCAAUAUUUACGUUCAUGGGUUCCAACGUUCUGAAAAAGGAUGAUGAAUACUCAGCUCUUGUCAUCGACCAGACAAUCGAUCAAGUGGUUCCUCCACUUAUACAAUCAUUGCGUAAUCAAAAGAGGGACGUAGUGUCCGGUACCUCAGAACUUCUUCUCAGCUUUACUGCUGCAUUUGAGCAUAUUCCAUCACAUCGCAGGUUGAGACUUUUUGAAGCAUUGAUUACGAAACUGGGUGCCGGGGAUUUCCUUUUCGCCGUGUUCGCAAUGCUUGCAAAUCGAUACGGAACGGAUCGGGAUGUAGUAGGGUUGAUGACUUCCCUUGCAGCUAACACUGGUGUAGAACUACAGCUUAACUCAUAUACUAAGUACCUGGACCUUGUUGCGGACGCGUUACUUCCUAAGCCGAAUUUGUCCCGCACGCUUCUUGGGGUUGGUGGCGAGGAUGGCCGAGAUCCGCCCAGAAUAGCGGCUGAUCUGCUGCAAGCGUUAUCCCACCUUCUGCAAAGCACAUCACUGAAAACUCAAAUGACGAAGAUUUUCACUUCUGAUGAUGCCGAUGUGGCCCCUAUCCACAACCUUUUCUCUCGCAUCUUGGAGCAAUUGCUCGCUCUGUCUGACACCGUUCGAGCCAAUAAACCAGUUAGCAAAGCCUGCGGUGAUGCCUUGGGAUCCCUCCUAGGGACUUUGUCAUUGAUUGACUUCCUCGAUACCAUCGAAGUUCUACUUCGACGGCCCGAUGAUGACCUGCGCAGAAGAGUAUUGAGACUACUAGAGAGCAGAUUAAACCAGAGCCACGAGAGAGAUUCCGCCUCUCAAUCCAGGGUUUUGGCGUUUCUACCUACCCUUGUCGGUAUACUUGAGAGCUCUCAUGAUGUUCUCUUGAAACAUGCCUCCGUUGCUUGUAUUGAUAAGAUAGCGGAGAAAUACGGAAAGAAAGAUCCAACAUCCGUAGUAGAAGCAGCUAAAGUGGUUGCUGGCGAGAAUUGUAUUGGCCAACCCGAUGACCGCAUCCGUGUGAUUGGAAUCUUAUAUCUUGCUUCUGUGACGGAAGUUGUUGGCGAAGCGAUUAUUCCAGUCCUCCCUGCGGUCUUUUCACGAGCCUUUGGGCUCCUAAAGGGUUGCCUGGAGUCCAACAAGAAAAAUGCAGAAUUGCAUGACGCAAUUUACUCCCUUAUCAGUGCCCUUAUUACGCAUGUUCCGUGGAUGAUAUCCGAUGACCAUCUCAACAAUAUCCUUUGCCUAUCUUUCAAAUCAGCAGCUGCAAAUCUUCCCGAAGACUCCAACGAGAACCGCCACGAAGCAUUGAACCUUCUUGCAAGGCGUCUUGAUGUUAGCGAACUCUUUAAAGCCGUCGAAUCCAAUUGGUCGUUUGCUGUGUCCGAGGGACCUCAGGCUAUCGGUGAGGUACUGGAGGUUACAAGCCUCGCUAUUGAAAAGAACCCAAAAUCGUCAACCGUCAAAAAUGUCCCCACUUUGACCAAACUAUUGGAGAAAGCUCUCGAUAUUCGUCGUACACAGUUCUCUCAGCCAACAAAGAGCAGUUACGGAGAGGAUGACGUUAAUGACAUCGAAAGCCAAGUGAACGAUAUGGGGAUCAAAAUGAUUUACAAACUAAAUGACACCGUCUUCCGCCCAUUGUUUGUCCAGUUAACGGAGUGGGCAGCGGGCGGGCUUCCUAAAUCGGAUGGCUCAGGAAGGCUCCUGAGACUUACCACUUUCUACAAGUUCCUCGGGGCUUUUUUUGGCACUCUCCAGUCUAUUGUUACUAGCUAUUCCAGCUACAUUAUUGAGAGUACAGUUGAAAUCCUAAAGACCGCACGAUGCAACGACAAGGACUCUAGAGGGCUAUGGCUAGCCACUAUGCGUAUGCUUCGCAGCUCUUUUGAGCACGAUCAAGAUGAAUUCUGGCAAUCCCCCACCCAUCUAGCAGCCAUAUCCGGCCCUCUGGUCACGCAACUCUCCCACUCUACCAACCAAUCAAGCCUCAAACUCAUCACCGCCGAAGCCAUCCCCACCAUCGUCGAACUCGCCGCCGCGGCGGAUUCACCGGACAACCACAAGGAACUCAACUCUGCAAUCAUGAAACUCAUGCGUCCCGGUGUUAGUAGCACGGGUAGAAACGGUGGCGACAAUCCGUACACUCGCCUUGCUGCUGUAAAGUGCGAGUUCAGCCUGACAGAGCGCCUGGGUGAAGAGUGGCUAGCAUUACUACCUGAGAUGCUGCCGUACAUCAGUGAGCUGAUGGAAGAUGAUGACGAGAACGUUGAGAAGGAGGUGAGGAGGUGGGUUUUGGCUAUUGAGGAGGUGUUGGGCGAGAAAUUGGAUGAUAUGUUGGUAUAAAAAAAAAGGGAAGGAAAAAUGAAAUUUCGUUGUUACGGCUUUUUUUUUCUUGGUGCAUCUCUGCGCUUUAGUUUGGUUCAAUUGCAUUUGUUGGUCAUUCUAUAAUUGCAGAACGCAGUUUCAUGUUGUAUAUACGCAUGAUAUAAAUAUUAGACAUAGAUUCAAAUAUCCUACUCUGCUUGCCUAGUUGCUGCAAAUUGCCUAUUGCUAUCUUCAUCAGGGAAUUCUUCGCAUGAUUUUCAAAGAGAACAUCAUCGUUCACAGGGGUAUAAUGUAGGAAAUCAGCAGUUUAUCCUCUCAACUGUGGCGUCUUUACAAAUUAUCUGAGCCAAAAAUGUGAUAGGUAGGGCCUGUACCCGCCCAGCGAUCAUCCGUGUGAAAGUGUGAAAGAGAAUGUCUUCCCAAAG